UUUUUUUUUUUCGGAGAGUGGAGGGAAACACAGCAUUUCGUGACUUCAGUUCCCGCCAUCAAAACCAUCUCUCUGAAUCCCUGUUACUUCGCCAUUCUCUCUCUCUCUCUCUGUAAUUUUGCUUUCUACUAAUUUCUUUGAAUGGCGAAAACUAAAGAAGGAGAAGAAGUAGCGAAAUCAGACGGUCUGGAGAUCAUCUCCAUCGGAUCCCUUUACAAAGGCCCCUGGGGCAAGAAGUAUUGGAGCUCCUCUAGGGGUAAAGAUCGAUAUCCUUAUCCUGUGGGAUAUCAAGCUGUUCGGGCUCACAAUGGAAGCACUUAUAAGACGGAAAUUCAUGAAGGUCCUAAAGGGCCUUUAUUUGUGAUCUCUUGUGAUGGACAAUCGUGUUCUGGACAAACUCCAGACAUUGCAUGGGAGAAAUUUCAGAAGACAGGUUGCCCACAUUUGAAGAUAUGGCAUGGAAAGAGAUUCUCAUGCAGGAUAGAUGGUGUGGAGUUUUUUGGAUUCAAAAAUCCAUUAAUCCAAAGGUUACUUCGGGAAUUGGUGGCAAAUGUCAAUGGAACAGCAGAAAGGAGUUUGUUAUCUUCCAGAUUCUGCAAUGGGGCUUCUAUAAUGGAACAUGACAAUCGGAGCUCAAGUAUCUGUACUCCUCCUGAUUUACUACCAUACAUGGCCAGAUCACAGAUCAGGAAAAAAAGAAGUACAAGGUGUGAAAUAAUGCAAAACAGGAAUGAGCCUGGCCUUAAACGACCCCGAUCUAAGGACCUGACUUGUGAUGCCGAGCCUUCAAAUUUAGUACAAGGGAAUCAGGUGAAUCCUAAACAUGGGUUUCCUCACACUGCUUCAAAAGAAGAAAAUGAAAAACUUUCAGUAGCAUCAGCAGUGCACUCAAAAUCAGUGGGGGAAGAUAAUAACUACUCUUCUGCCAAAGAUGGGUUUCAAUUGAAAUCUGUUGAUUUCUCAGAUCAUCAUGGGGAGAAAGAAGUCAAGAGCAAGUUCGUUAGUUCCCAAAAUGCAAAAUCCACUAGGGUAGCUAACAGCACAUCUAAAGAGUUGGAUAGGUCAGGAGAUACUGAACUGGAAGGAUUCGUUUUUCUGGUAAAAACCAAUGCCAAAGCUGGAGAUUCACCAGUUCCAAAUGACUCCCUGGGCAUCAAUGAUGUCCAUCUUUUUGCACCUGAUACUUUGGAUUUUGCGGAAGAUGAUUGUACAAAUCUUGCUUCAAGUGCAAGGGACACAACUAGCAGUGUGAAAGAAGAGUUAACUUCUGCUAAUGUAGUCAUUUCUGAUGGCUUGGUGACUGAGUCUCAUCAAGAAGAUGAAGUAGGAACAUCUAAUUCAAAUACAGGUUCUGAAAAAAGUGAUUCUGAUUCAGUCAGUCAGGAAAUGGCUAAGUUGAUGAUGACGGUUUUACUUCCUCAAGCUAUUCCUUUACUUAAGGAGUCUUCAAAGAAGAAAAGGGAAAUUAUUAACCCAUACAAAGUGUUGCCCCAUGUGGUGAAUUCUCGAGUGAACAACAUUGAAACUAACCAUUUGUUGAAUCUUCCAUCUUCUGCCAUCAUCCUAACUGAGGAAGCACAUGCAGAACAGGACAGGGGAAUGCAUACCCAAAGUAUAGACCAUGGUUCAGUUGUGCCAAAUCUUGAACAUGUGAACUCUGUUAUUCUUGACAGUUUUGAGGAUGAUCAGGGAGGGGAUCAUGUAGCUAAGCAAGCUGUAUCGUUUUCCAAAAGUGUGGAGGUUGAUCAAACUAGUUUCAAUAAAGACACACAUCAUUCCAAUAUUCAGGAACAGCUUGUUGGUAUCAAUGUGAAGCAGGAAACAUCAGAUUGUUGCGAUGAGAUCUCUGAAAACCAAGAUACAAUCUGCCAUAAGGAAGUAAACAUGGCUUUAAAUAAAAAGCCUCACGGGAGUGACAUAACGAUGUCUGAGUCUGCUUCAGGGCAUGUGUCUCUAAUCAUGAAAGCUUUCUCUGAAGAUAUCCAGGGUGUUUGUGUAAAUUUGGAUGAAAACUCAGCAGAUAUUGAAAACCAUUCUAUGGAAAAGAAGCCCAAGAAUGCACUUAAUUGUGCUAAAGUUGUAGAUACAAAUGAUAAUAAUCCAAGUGGCAUUGGAAGUCCUGUGCAAUUAUCAGGGAAGGACAUAAGUGCUGACACCAGGACUCCUAAAACGAACUCUUCCUAUCAAGCCCAGCAUAAAGUAUAUACUAGAAAGAAAGUCUCAAAACAAGCUUAUUCAACUAGAAAAUACACUGGUCCUCUCUCUGAAAGUAUCAUAUACAGAAAUACUGGAGAUGAUUAUGCCCCUAAUGAGUCUGCUACAACAGGAAUUUCACUUGUUUCAAAGAGUUGUCACUCUUCUGAUGAAAAACCAUGCAAUAGAGAUAUCUGUGAUGCUACAGACAUGCUUGAAGGACAGUCGUAUGGACUGCCUGUGGAGAAAACUACUACAAAUUGCAAACCUGAAAUGAGUAAUAUGCCACCUGUUCUAUCUAAUCGAAAUCAAAAGUUGGUUUGUGCCUCUAAAGCAAAGGAUGCAUCAUGCUUACUUGUUCCAUCUGUUUCGCUUGAAAGGGGAUUUCAAGAAAACUGUCACAAGGAGAGGCUUGAGCAUAGAAGCACUGUAGAAAAUGGCUGUCCUGCAUCAUGUCAAAAUCAGGUUACUAGUGUUUUUGACACGAACAGAUCUAAAGCAAGGGAAGUUCAAGGUAGUUCAGAUGUCAACUGUUGCAGGGAUGUAGAGCUUAAUUGUGAUCUAAGGGGCAUUGUCAACCUUGUAGGAAGCUAUUUCCAUCCUUUGCCUAUUUCAUCAGUAUGGCUGCGUACAAAAGGAAAUGAAAUCCACAUUUGUGUUUUAUGUGGUCUUCUUGUAGAUAAGGACAGAACCUUGUUCCUCUACAGGGUAUCUAUUGAAGAACCAAGUAUAGGAUGCCCUUCUUUUGUUGGUUACACAUCAUUAACAUUGCCAUUUUCAGAAAUUGAUUCAGAAAGAUGUGGCUUACAAUUCACCCCAGAUGGGCAAUGUCUUGUUUUACUUGACGGUAUUAAAACACCUUAUUGCAGGGAAGGGAUAAUAGAUUGUAUCUGCUCAAUAUGUUCUUCAGGCUGCUCUAAUGAGAAUGGAGUAAAAAUUGUGCGAGUAAAUCAUGGUUAUGUUUCUUUGGUUGCAAAAUUGGAAACAGUUGAAAGUGUGCAAUGUAUAUUGGUUUGUGAAAAUAACUAUCUUGUUGCUGCUGGAACGAGUGGGAGACUGCAUCUUUGGGUCAUGAAUUCAACAUGGAGUGCAUGGACAGAAGAAUUUAUUCUACCAGCUGGUGACUGCAUAUCUCCUUGUGUAGUGGAAUUGAAGAGAAUUCCAAAGUGUGCUCGUCUGGUGAUUGGGCAUAAUGGUAUUGGGGAAUUUGUUGUAUGGGAUAUUUUGAAAAGGCUCAUUAUCUCAAGAUUUUCUGCUUCUGGCAAUCCAAUUAAGCAAUUCUUACCAAUCAGUUUAUUCAGUUGGCAGCCUGUUUUCAGCUAUGCUGAUAUGAAUGGACGCAUUGAUGAAAUCAUCACAACAAAAAUUUUGUUUUCUGAACAUAAGGACUGUUUUUUUCCUCCAUUGGAGGGGGAAGAUAUUGCUCUCUGGCUUCUUCUCUCGACUGUCUCUGAUUUUGAGGAUCAAUACGAACGUUUACCUAGUAAUUGCCAAGCCAAUCCAGCCAGAUCAUGGAGGCUAGCUUUAUUGGUCAAGGAUAGGGUGAUCUUGGGGAGUACACUGGAUCCAAGGGCUGCUGCAAUUGGUGCAUCAUUUGAUCACGGGAUCAUUGGAAGAGAUGAUGGGCUAGUGUAUAUGUGGGAAUUGUCCACAGGAACUAGACUUGGUGUUUUGCAUCAUUUCAAAGGUGGCAGUGUUUCAUGUAUUGCAACUGAUGAUUUGAGGCCAGAUGUCGUAGCCGUAGCUGCUGAUGAUGGCCAGCUGCUGAUUUAUCUACACAGCCAAGAGAACUUUGCAAAAUAAGUGCUGAUUGGGAUUUCUCUUUGCCAUUGAUCGUGCUGGAACCAGUGACUGUCAAACAUAAGGCUAUGCUAAUCCAGACACAUAAAACAGAUGUGCGGUGAAAGAUAAAGAUAGCUGUUUUCCUUUUUUAAAUCACGUUCAAAUAAAAUAGAUCUAAUUCAAUUCUUACAAAUAUAAAUUAGAAUUAGCUACCAAAAAAAAAGCAUAUACGUACAGACAUACAUAUAUUAUUAAAGUAAGUUUUUACUUAUCAACCAAUUAAAACUUCUUAGGAGCU